AUUUAUACAGCUACAGUAUGUACUUAUAUAUAUAUAAAUAUGCAUUUAAUAUGCAUGUAUAUACAAUUUGCAGUGUCACAACAGCAAAGUCGGUAAAGGUAAAUUGUUUAAAUAACAAGCAUGCACAUCUAUGAAUGUAGAAUAUAGAAAGAUAUAGACUUAAGAUUAUAAAAAUAGACUUGACUAUGCAGUUUAAGUAACCAGAAUAUACAGUAUGAGUUUAAUGGUUGUUGUGUCUUAGUUUAUGUUGUGUUUUCCAAUUUGUGUUGGUUAUUUGCAUGUCAGGGCCACCGUAGUUAAGACUACAUGUAUAUGCAUGUACAGUAUGUGGUCCUACUUACGGUUACUGUAUGUAUAGCGGUCCAUGUGCACGUGACGUAGUUUUUCUCGUCAUUAUUCUUCCCGCGGUGCCUCUGUCUGUCUGUCUGAUUGUCUGUCUGUGUGUCUGUCUGAUUGUCCGGAUGCCUUAAUAACAUGCUCGGGAUUAGAUUAAUCCCUCAUGGUGGAAUAGAAACUCUUGUCCGCGAGCGAGCUUUUGCAUCAGUCCAACUACAGUCCGGCACGAGAACAACCACUCGCAGAUGAACUGGAGCUCCUAAGGAUUUGGUGGCUCCUUUUUCCUCUGCACAACAGACAACGCUGGAAGUGGAACAAAUUAAAAAGAUGUGCUGCUUAUUCACCUAAAUACUGUCAGUCACAUCCGUGCUCAUCCUGACCUGACAUGUCAGUGUCUGCAUCGAGGACAGGAUGUCUAAAUGUGAGCUCAUCGAGCUGAAAGACCUCAGUUUAAGUGAUUCCAUCGAGCUGGCUGCUCCUGCGGCUCGCUCUGCCCCGCCUCCUCCCGGUAACACAGGCGAACCCUGCUCCUUCCAUGUCGUCCGCCUGGUGGGAGACAGCGUCAGCAUCGAGGGGCCUGGCUGUCCGACAGGAGAGACUGGGGUGGGUCACCAUGACUUUCAGCCCUACAGUCACGCUCAUCCCACCUGGUGCGACCUGUGCGGAGAAUUCAUCUGGGGGCUUUAUAAGCAAAGUUUACGUUGCAGCAAAUGCACUUACACGUGUCACCACCGCUGCCGACCGUUCAUCCGGCUGGACUGCAGCACAGAUGGGAGUUUGUCAACAGACCUGGCUGAUUUCCCCGCUGAUGCCGUCGAGACGGACACAAAUGUGGAUGAACGGACUGAUUUCUGUAAACGGGAGCUCAGUGUUGGGGCAAUUGAGCAGAAGAUUAAGGAGUAUAAUGUCCAGCUCAACAGUAAUCUCCACAUGAUGGUUAGUAAAGGCGGCCUCUACACUGGUUUCAUCAAGGUCCAUUUUCAGUUAGUCCGUCCCGUCUCCCUCCCGUCUGCACAAGAGGGCGAUCACCAGGCGGCCAGACGGACGAAGCGGCGGACGUCUUUCUACCUCCCCAAAGACGCUGCAAAACACCUGCACAUAAGCUCCCAAACACGGGUACUGGACGUCAUCGAGGCUUUGCUCAACAAGUUCACCGUGGUGGACAAUCCAGCCAAAUUUGCCCUGUUUGAACGCACUGAGAGACAAAGUCAAGUGUACAUGCGUAAACUGUCUGGCGACGAAUGUCCACUCUACUUACGCUUGUGUGCUGGACCCAGUGAAAAAGUCCUGAGUCUGGUUUUGAAGGAAAACGAGACAGGGGAAAUCAACUGGGAUGCGUUUAGCUUUCCCGAGCUGUGCAACUUUCUGCGAAUCCUGCAGCGCGAGGAGGAAGAGCACGUGCGGCAGAUUGUGAAGCGAUACGCUCUCACUCGGGAGAGGAUGAAGCAGGCCAUGGCGAGGAUCACGAGUCCUGCUUGACUCAGUAUCGUCACUGUGUUGUGGAUCGGUCCGAACUUUUACGUAUAAAAGGUUAAUUAACAAGCAGGGAUUACAUUUAAUGAGAAGCACCUAAAUGCACCGGCACUUUUCGUGCAAGUUUAGCCACUGUUGUGAAGAAGAAAACAAACUAUGCUGCUCUGUUAGGUCAUUUAUAGUGGUGGUUAAAAAAAAAACAUCUCGUCGUUUUAUGUUACAGUUAGUUUCAUUCAUCUUUUUAAGACUCUUUAAUUAUUGGCACUUUAAUAAUCCUAUGUAAUGGAUCUGGACAAGUUAAUGUGAAACAAUGUUUGUAUUCUAAUAAUCUAUUAAAUGGUGAUAAUAGUU